GGAGGGAGAGGAGGACUGAGGCCCAGGGUGGGCACCAGCCGGCCAUGGCCGCAGCUGAGACCGCCUUGCCUUCCAUCAGCACGCUGACCACCCUGGGCCCCUUCCCGGACACACAGGAAGACUUUCUCAAGUGGUGGCGCUCUGAGGAGGUGCAGGACUUGGGUCCGGGUCCCCCUGAUCCCACCGGGCUGCCCCUCCACGUGAGGCCGGAGUCGCAGGACGCGCCCAGGGAGGACGAAGACGACGAGAGGGACUCGGCUACCUCCUGGGAUCUGGAUCUCCUUCUCACCAAUUUCCCGUGCCCGGAGCCGGGCGGCGCGCCCCAAACCUGCGCUUUGGCGCCGGGCGAGUGCUCCGCGGCGCAAUUCCCGCUGCCGCCCCCGCAGCUGCCGCCGCAGCCGCAGCCGCAGCCGCAGCCGCAGCCGCCGCCACCCGAGACUCUUGGCUCGUAUGUGGGCGGCUCGGGGCUGGUGGCUGGGUUCUUGGGUCCCGAGGAGCACCCGGGCUGGGCACGCCCGGCCCCCAGAGCCCCGGGCCCCGACGCCUUCGUGGGCUCCUCCCUGGGCCCGGUUCCCGAGCCCAAGGCACUGUCGCUGCAGCCGGUGUACCCGGGGCCAGGCGCGAGCUCCUCCGGCAGCUACUUCUCGAGGACCGGGCUUUCGGUGCCCACGGCGCCAGGCGCCCCCUACGGGCUGCUGUCCGGGUACCCAGCGCUGUACCCGGUCCCGCAGUACCAAGGGCACUUCCAGCUCUUCCGCGGGCUCCCAGCGCCUGCUCCCGGCCCCACCGCACCCCCCUCUUUCCUGAGUUGUCUGGGACCCGGGACGGCGGGUGCGGGACUCCGGGGGACCGCAGGAGACCCAGGGGGGAUCGCGGAGGCCGCACCAUCCAAACGCAGCCGGCGAUCGUGGGCGCGCAAGAGGCAGGCGGCGCACACAUGCACUCACCCGGGCUGUGGCAAGAGUUACACCAAGAGCUCACACCUGAAGGCUCAUCUGCGCACGCACACAGGAGAGAAGCCCUACGCCUGCACGUGGGACGGCUGUGGCUGGAGGUUCGCGCGCUCAGACGAACUGACCCGCCACUACCGGAAGCACACCGGACAGCGCCCCUUCCGGUGCCAGCUCUGCCCGCGCGCUUUUUCGCGCUCCGACCACCUGGCCUUGCACAUGAAGCGUCAUCUUUGAGCCCUGCCCCAACACUUGGACCUUCCUGGGGAUUGGGGAUGGAACAAGAGCAGAUCCACGCAGGGUGGUUUUCCCUCGGAUGGACCCUCUCCCGGAUUCGCAGUCCCACAGAUCCACCCAAAGAUCAAGGACUGGCCCAGAGACAGACCUGUGGGAGCCUCCAGCCAAAACUCCCACACGUCCUCAGCCACAGGGAGCCACACAGAGACAUCCAGUGGUCACACAAACACAACGAGACAACCCUCCAAAUAAAUGGGCUCAGUUGGACACUCAGACACUUCGGACAGAGAGACAGACCCUCAGAGAGCUGGACCCUCAGACCAGUUUACAAGACGCCCUGGGCAGUGGGAGUUGGGGGUUGUGGGGUGAGGCUUCCCAGAGACCCUGGGCCUAGCAGGGGACUUCACAUCGUGACUAAUGAAGCUCUGCAUAGUGCCUGGAUCUGCUGUGAAUGGUUAUGGGUCCUGUACCAAUGCCCUUCCCAGAUAAAGGUUCAGCGUUGGCCUGA